UCUUCAGUCGUAUUUUCGCGAGAAACGCAGUGGUACGUUGUGAACAGUUGGAGGUAAAAUUGUAGGAGUAACAGUAAUCGAUAAAAUUCAUUAUUUGUAAAUAUACAUCCGAUGGACUAGUUUUUUUUUGUUUCGAAUAUCUGUUCCAGUUUCUGUUAUUUCCGUGAACAAAAACGUUUCUUGAACCUUUAGAGAUCGUUUCUGUUUUCAAGUGAAAUUGUUGUUCAUUGCUGAUUAUUUUGGUCAACUUAUUUGUUCACAUCGAAAUUCUACAGCACUCAACUAACAACGUAGGUCCGAUACUCAGCACGAUUAGUUUUCCCCAUACGAUGUAGAAUGUGAAGAAUUUAUGAUUCAGUACUAGAAACUACGUGCAGAACCUACAUACAUCAUCCAGCACCAUCCACUGAGCAGUGAGAAGGCUACGUUUUCCGUUCCAUCAGAUUCCAUUGCGAUUAAUACGAAAGUGGUUUGCGCAGUGGUGAAAAUCAAGUAUAAAUUUUGUCCAGCGUUGUUACUUGGUAUAUGGCAACUCCAGCAGAAAAUGUAAAUUAAUCCACCUCUCGCUAUUGAUGUACAGAGUGAUGUGCGCGAAUAUGUGUAACCAUACAUAGAGGGAAAUGGAAAGCCAGAGCGGACCACUAGUGAAAAAGUGAUUGCAACUUUUGAAGGGAAACAAGGCUUGUAAUAAACGAUCCCGUACGGGUAUACGUAUUUCUUGGUGAAGUGUACGACUUUAUAGUUACUCGAUACGAGAUAAGAGAUAACACGAGCGAACGAAAAAAGAUUGAAGUGAUGGCGAUAAGUUCACUGAUAGCAGCUUGAUUUUGUUUGACUUGAUUAUUUCCGAAAAUCCGGCUGAAACAAAAUUCCUGUGAGAUGGCGACCUCGCCAACGUCGACCAAUACCUCGAACUCGGUGUCACUGCACCGGCAGUCCAGCAAGAAUGCCGAUUCGAUUUCACUCUGUUCGACCACCAGUGCCUUUUCAACCUGCCCCGAUCGGCAUGGCUUCUACGGGGGCAGUCAAUUCUCCGAGAAACCAACUAAGGAAACGCUCACCCGAGAGCAGAUUGUUGCGCGUGAGAAAAAGUGGCUGCACAUGACCAACCACUGGCAGGAGUACAUGAACAAAAACUACAAGAAGCUCCGCGAACGAUGUCGCAAGGGAAUUCCUCAAGCGGUGCGUCCCAGGGCUUGGUUUUAUUUGACCGGUGCCUAUCAGUUGCAACAAAAGUAUCCCGAUCGGUACGCGGAGCUUCUGCAGCAACCCGGGAACCCACAGGUCAUAGAGGAAAUCAAAAAGGACCAGCACCGACAGUUUCCGCAUCACGAGAUGUUCAUCGAUGAGGAGAAACCGGGCCAGAAGGAGCUGUUCAAUGUGCUGAAAGCUUAUUCGAUACACAAUCCCAAAGUAGGUUACUGUCAAGCUCAAGCUCCGAUCGCUGCCUUCCUACUAAUGCAUUUGCCGAGUGAGCAAGCCUUUUGGUGCUUUGUUACUAUUUGCGAUAAGUAUCUCAAAGAUUAUUUUACCCCCGGACUGGAGAUGCUGCAGCGAGACGCCGCUAUGCUUAACGGGCUACUCAAGAAAACCUCCCCCUCGGUUUACCGGCAUCUGCAGAAGCACAAGGUUGACCCGUUGCUCUACAUGACCGAUUGGUUUCUGUGCGCCAUGACCCGCACCCUUCCCUGGGACACGUUGCUGCGGGUGUGGGAUUGUUUCCUCUGCGAAGGCAUCAAAAUACUGUUCAAGGUAGCCCUGGUCAUCCUGGGUGCCAGUCUCAACUCGCACAAGGUGCGCAAACAGGCGAAUGGACUGUGCGAAACCCUCGAGGUGCUGCGAUCUCCCCCGAAGAAGUACAUCGAGGCGGACUUCGUAAUGCAUCAUAUUUUCCGACUGAACAUCACCGUCGAAGAUUUCAUCCACGAGCACAAGAAGCAGGAAAUGCUGCACCGAAAGGCGAAGGUUUCAUAGAACCGGACGGGCUACCGGUAGCAUCGCUAUUCCGGACCACGGCAGGCGGUGGUGAUGGUUUCGGGGUAUCAGUACCGUGCCUUCCACUCUAGUCUAUUCAUGGUGGAGUGAUGUUCGGGACCGUUCUAGUAGUUGCAGUGUGUUGGUUGCGAAGGAGCCGAGAACAUUCUCGAAAUUAGUUGUGCAAGAAUAGUUUUAUCGUUAUUAUUUCUAGACUAAUGUUGAAAUUCUCAGUUGUGAAGUUGAAUCAAGUUCAUUAUCAAAUCAUAAAGAAAUCUAGCGAAAAAUCUUUGAACUUCUCUACAAAAUAGCGACCAAGAAACAAUGGGUUGAAAUAUUAUUUGGGAAGUUGUAGUUCCCCAACCUUAUGUUCUAUAAAUUGUAUAGUAAGUUAUAGUAAGCGUCAGUUGAUUGGUAUUAUAACAAUUGUAUGAACGAACGAACGAUUUAUCUAAGCACUAACAUAAUGUGUAUUUAGUUACCACAACCUCCGUUCGAGAUUUCACGAAGCAAAACAGUAUGAAAGUAUGUCAUUCGUUCUACCACUGCUAAAUUUAUCCUAUCUAAUUGAGGAGUUUAAAAUAGCGCCUAUUUAGAGUCGAUACUAUUUUGGAACGCGCAAUUCGCAGAAGGGAUCUAUUUAUAAGUAUUAAAAGAUUGAACUGAAAAAAAAAUAAAAUCAA